AUGGAUUCCACUUUCCCUAUUCAGACCUACUUCCAAGACGAAGCUCUCCGACAGAGCCUGCAAAAUCCAGAGGACUUCUGGUCACGACAAGCCCAGCGCCUCCACUGGCACAAGAAACCUGACGCCGCAAUCCAGAAGGGCCAGAAGACCCACCCAGAUGGCACCACCCGCCCAACAUGGGAAUGGUUCCCGGGUGGUGAGAUAUCGACAUGCUACAACUGUGUGGACAGACACGUAGCCGCGGGAAACGGACACGAAAUCGCGAUCUACUAUGACAGCCCCAUCACGAAUACAAAGGACAAAAUCACAUAUGAUACGCUCCUCAGUGAAAUCGAGACGCUGGCCGGGGUGCUGAGAGAACAAGGAGUGAAAAAAGGCGAUGUUGUCAUGUUGUAUAUGCCCAUGAUCCCAGCUGCUUUGAUUGGGAUGCUUGCAAUCAAUCGCUUGGGUGCCAUUCACUCCGUCGUGUUCGCAGGAUUUGCGCCAAACGCCCUUGCCCAGCGACUUGGGGCUUGCAAGCCAGAUGUUUUUCUCACGGCGUCUUGCGGAAUUGUCGGGAACAGGCCGCCAAUCGCGUAUCAACCAUUCGUCAAGGAAGCGAUGAGGCUUUCAUGCCACAAGCCUUCACAUACAAUUGUAUGGCAGCGCGACCAGUUGGAAUGGCGCUUUCAAGAGUCUUCACGCAGUUGGUUACAAAAGUUAUGGUGUUGGGUCCAGACAUUCCUCCGUCUUCGCACAAAAGCCAGCACAAAGCAAUCAUCCUGGCAAGAUCUCGUGGAGAACGCUGGUUCGCGUGGUAUUCGAGCAGAUUGCGUCCCGGUGGAAAGCAGCGACCCUAUUUAUAUCAUGCAUACCUCUGGUACGACAGGAGCACCAAAGGGCGUGCUGCGGGAUUCGGGAGGCCAUGCUGUUGGCUUACAGCUUACCAUCGAGUAUAUCUUCAAUAUUCGCGGCCCGGGGGAUGUUAUCUUUGCGGCAUCAGAUAUCGGUUGGGUGGUGGGGCACUCUUACAUCCUUUAUGCGCCAUUACUAGCCGGAGCGGCCACUGUUUUGUAUGAGGGCAAACCCGUGGGAACACCUGAUACGUCAGCAUUUUGGAGGGUCGUAGACGAGUAUAAGGUGAAUACCAUGUUCGCGACACCAACAGCGCUACGGGCUAUCAAGCAAGACGACCCGAAUAAUACGAAGUUGUCUGAGUACGGAGAGCGUGGAGGUUUGCGAUCCUUGCAAGCCUUAUUCCUCGCUGGCGAACGUUCCGAGCCAAUCCUGAUAUCCAUGUACCAACAAUUACUCGACAAGGACGGCGGAAGAAAUGCACAUGUCAUUGAUAAUUGGUGGUCAACCGAAGCAGGGUCGCCGAUAACCGGCCGAGCUAUUGCGCCUCAUCUCGAGUUGAAGGGCGAGACUGCAAGAAAGACAUGUAUCCCUCCAGCAAAACCAGGAAGCGCUGGAAAGCCCGUCCUGAAUGCCGUCGGCCCAAGAGGUAGUGUCAACACGAUAUUACCCAUCGAUCCUCGUGGUAUUUCGUUACCGUGCUCAUCCACGACUCGAACAUCAAACCCUGGCACUGGAGAUGCGGGAUGGAUUGAUCACGAUGGCUAUGUUCAUGUGAUGGGUCGAAAUGACGAUGUCCUGAACGUUAGCGCGUAUCGACUGUCAAGCGGUGCUAUCGAGGAAGCGAUAUCUUCCCAUCCCCAGGUAGCUGAAUCAUGCGUGGUUGCUGUCCCAGAUGGACUGAAAGGUCAACUUCCAUUCGCAUUCAUUUCUCUAUCAGUCCCAGAUCACCCAGAGUCUGCCAUACCAACUGCAACAGUCGCAAGAGAAAUACAGUCGCUCGUCCGGACUCGCGUUGGGGCAUUCGCUUCCCUGAGAGGUAUAGUACAGGGCAAGGGUAUGAUACCGAAAACAAGGUCCGGUAAAACAUUACGACGUGUUCUUCGGGAGUUGGUGGAAAAUGGAGUGCACGGUGAAUUUGAUCGCAGUGUUGAUGUGCCAAGUACAGUCGAGGAUGCAACGGCGGUGCAAGUCGCAAGAGCCAAAAUUCGAGAGUACUUCAAUAAGAAUAUGGGUAGACAUCAUGCAAUCGAGUCAAUGGCUAUGCCGUGA